CAUCAUCAGUGCUUUUUAGCGCUACGUAGAGAACAGACGGCCUUCCCAAAACACACACACACACGCAUAGGAGGCGAGGCGGCGGCAAAAGAAGAACAAAACGGCAAACCAAAACCAAAAACAAAGAGCAACAGAGGCGGCAGCAACAACAGCUACUGCAAAGGUGACGGAUUCAAAAGCAGCGAAUUUUGAGCGCCAAAAACAAAAGAACGCAACAUCACAAAGAGCAUCACAGUUUUUCAUUUUUUUUCUUCAGUGCAAGUGUGUUUAUAAUUAUAGCUCUGCUGUGGGUGUGUGUGUGUGUGUGCGAGCGUGUAAUCAAAUACAAAUCAGUAAAAUAACAAAAAUCUUGACGUAAUCGCUAAAAUGCAAAGCAAACGACACGAAAACGAGCAACAAUAACAAAAGCGAUUUGAAUUCUUUUUGUGUCGGUUUUUCGGUUUUUAAUUUGCAAGCUUACGGGCGGACAAAAAGAGACGGAACGAAAACACCACACUCGCGUGUUGCGUUGUAGUUUUUGUAGUUAUUCUUGUUUCAUUUUUUUUUUGUCGUGUAGUGCCCGUGUUUGCCGUUAUGCAAAGAUUUCAUUGUUAUUAGUCAGCAAACGUCAACAGGCAGCAACAACAAAGGCAACAACCAAAACGGAAACCUCUUCAAGCUGGCCAAAUUGAAGCGGAAACGGUAGCCAAACUGAAGCACUUGUCGGAGAGCGUCUCGGUGCUGCUGAAGAUCGCCAGGAUCGCCAACAUGGACAACAGCAUCGUCGAGGAGAACGGCAACUCGUCGGCGGCAUCGGGCUCCAAUGACGUGGUCGACGUUGUUGCCCAACAACAGGCGGCGGCAGCGGGGGGUGGCGGAGGAGGAGGAGGAGGUAACCCCCAACAGCAACAACAAAACAACCCACAAAGUACAACGGCCGGCGGUCCAACGGGGGCGACGAACAACGCCCAAGGAGGAGGAGGAGUAGGAGCCACCGUGCUGACCACCACCGCCAACUGCAACAUACAAUACCCCAUCCAGGCGCUGGCGCAGCACGGACUGCAGGUGCAAUCCGUGAUACAGGCCAAUCCCUCGGGGGUCAUACAGACAGCAGCUGGGACCCAGCAGCAGCAGCAGCAACAGGCGCUGGCCGCCGCCACGAUGCAGAAGGUGGUCUACGUGGCCAAGCCGCCCAACUCGACGGUUAUCCACACGACACCCGGCAAUGCAGUGCAAGUGCGUAACAAAAUCCCUCCAACCUUUCCGUGCAAGAUCAAACCCGAACCGACCACGCAGCAUCCGGAGGACAGCGACGAGAGUCUGUCGGACGACGAUUCCCAGCACCACCGCAGCGAGCUGACGCGACGGCCGUCGUACAAUAAGAUCUUCACGGAGAUCAGCGGACCCGAUAUGAGCGGCGCAUCGCUUCCCAUGUCCGAAGGCGUGCUCAAUUCCCAGCUGGCGGGGAGCGGAGCGGGGGGCAAUCCGGCGAACAGCUCCCUGAUGCAGUUGGACCCCACGUACUACCUGUCCAAUCGGAUGUCCUACAACACCAACAACAGCGGGAUAGCGGAAGAUCAGACCCGCAAGCGAGAGAUCCGGCUGCAGAAGAACAGGGAGGCGGCGCGGGAGUGCCGGCGCAAGAAGAAGGAGUACAUCAAGUGCCUGGAGAAUCGAGUGGCGGUGCUAGAGAACCAAAAUAAAGCGCUCAUCGAGGAGCUCAAGUCGCUCAAGGAGCUCUACUGUCAGACCAAGAACGAUUGAAUGUGGGGCCGGGCUCUGGCGCCGCUUGUGCCUCCG